AUGCCCACCUCGUAGUGUUUCCGGUACGCAGUCGUUUCGUUCUGCGUCACUUUCCAUUUUCUAGUGAACUAUUUGGCCGUUUCUAGUUGUCUGUCUAUUGACAAACUAUGGAUAUUUUCGUCUCGUCGCUUCACGGAAGGUUCUCCUGUAUAACGAUCGACCGUACAUCGACAGGAUCGACUCUGAAACGGUUUCUCUGUGCAAAUGAGGGAGUUUCUACUGAAGACCUUGUGGUGACACACCAUGGCAAGAUUGUGCAGCAGGAGGAUACCAUUCAGCCGGGAGGGGUGUACAGGGUCUGGCCUCGGCUGGUUGGAGGCAAAGGAGGUUUUGGGUCCAUGCUGCGAGCCAUCGGAGCACAGAUUGAGAAAACCACCAACCACGAGGCCUGCAGGGAUCUCAGUGGGAGGAGGAUGAGGGACGUCAACGAUGAGAAAAGACUCCAGGAAUGGCUGGGUAAGAAGGCAGAGCGGGAGAGAGAACGGGAGGAAGAGAAGAGACGCAAACGUGAGGAGCGACUCGGCAGGAACAAGCACUUCUUCAACGAUCCAGAGUACGAGCGACAGAAGAGACAGAUCACAGAGGGAAUGUCCGACUCUCUUCAGAAAGGACUUGAGCAAGCCGGCCCAUCUGGCAGUGGUGCAGCAGCUGCCAGUGGAGGUUCCCAGAAGAGGAAGGCAGGCCCGGCCAGCUCUGGUACAAAGAAGCUCUGCACUUGGGUUGGUCUAGAGGGGAUGGAUGACUUGGACAGUCUUGAUAGUGACAGUGAUGAUGAUGACUCGGCCAGACCCAUGGAAGCUGCUGCCUCGCACGAUGACUCCAGCGGCUCCAGUGGGGAUUCCAGCGACCACUUCAGAUCUCAGCAGUCCCAGGGAAAGGCCAGUGCCAAACAGACCAGUGCAGCAUCAGGCAGUGCCUCAGCAGCAGCUAGCAGUAGUGCCUCCUCGUGUGCAGAAGACACCGAUACAAGUUCAUCUGACGCAGUCUACGAAAAAGACUCAAGUUCUUUUAAAGAGGAUAGUAUGAAGUCACAACUUGAGCCCAGUUGUGGUUCUAGCGAUGGCAAAGCUGGUAUGCAGGAGAAGCCACCUGGUCUACUUCAGAUGCUGAGUCCACCGAAGAAUGACUCUCCUGAUACAAGCAACAAGGAGCCUAAGAAAGAAGUGGAGCCUGAAGCCGUGGACCUGAGUGAGUACAGUUCAGCAGGGGAGCUGGAGUCCCUGGGACUGGACAGGCUGAAGGCAGGGCUGCUGGCCCUGGGGCUGAAGUGUGGGGGGACCCUACAGGAGAGAGCCGCCAGACUGUUCUCCGUCAAGGGUCUGGAGAGACACCAGUACGACCCUGCACUGCUGGCUAAACCAAGCAAGGGGAAGGGGAAGAAGAGGCAGUAGUGGAACUCAGUGGACUUAAGUUGCUCUAGACUGUGUGUAGGACACAAGGGUAAUGAGUUUGCACUUUAAGCUAAGGGCACAACCCGCCGUACGUGCAAUUUGUCCGUAUGUUUUGUUUUUUUAAGCCAACCACGACCGCCACUUAUUUCUGAAAACGUGCAGGCUGUAUAGGCCGGCACGUACUGGGGGCAAAUCUGCAGCCCGAUGGCACACAAAGUUUUGCCUGCGCAUUACGUUCUACGGCGUCUCUGCGUGCUUCAAAAUCCGUCUGAUUCCCUACAAGUUCAUACAGAGGCGGUACAUACCACUUACGGAUCCCAAAAGAUUGCCCACGUUUUGGCAUGUAGACAGUACGUAUUUGCACGUACGGUGGGUUGUGCCCUUAGCUUCACCCAGAUACAAGUGCAUACCUCAAAUUUGGGGGAAGUAAAGUAUGAAGUCUUCUUUCAAUGUCAACCAAGUUUCAAGUCAGUCUGGUUAUUACUUUCCAGUCAAUGUCAUUUUUACAUGUCUCAGGCUACUGAAUUGAGGUAACCUGAUCACUGUUGUCACUUUGUUUCUAGUCCACACUGGAUUUGUUUUUUUCAGUAUGUUUCCAGCUGUAAGAAUUCUGUUUGUAGUGGCCACCACUGUUUGUCGUGAGAGGGCUGACAGAAAACAUGGCUACCGGUAGUCUUGAAAAUACUACACAAGGAUUAUGUAUCUGUAGCAUAGUGGUAGCCUGGAAACAGAAUUGCUGUAGGUUAGAGUCUCAUUUUUUUCGUUUUAGGCCACACCAAUUUAAUUUCUUGGUUCACAGAUUUUUCAUAAAAAAUAUGGAGCGACAGGGGGAAAAAUUGUAAAAUAGUUGGGGUAAAGGUAAGGUCCAAGAGAAUAAAAAGUUUUCA